GGGGAAAGGAUGAGUUUAUUGCAUUGUUUUUUUUAAGUGAAUACUGCAAAAUAAUAACUAAUUUUAAUUACGUUUACAUUUCACAUUAACUGCUUUAGUGUUAAAAAGUGUACCCAUAGUUUUUACUACAAAUGAAGUGUGAAUCUCAGACUGGACCCUUCCCCCGCGCCAACUGAAACCCUUUAGAAUUUAGGAAAUGUUUUGAUCCACCUUUUAACUCAGCCCGGCCCACGGUUUACUCGUCUUCUUCUUCUUACCCCCAAAUCCAACCACCGUCACUGCAACUGCACUUUGUACUUCCUUCGCCGCCGCCGCCACCACCACCUCGAAGAAAGUUUCUUUUUGAGGUUUGACCCCCUCUUUCCCUUUUCCGAUUCUCAGCCGCACUUUCGACAGUCUGGCGGUUGAUAUUCCUCCGCACUACUCUGGCGGAGACGGAUACGACGUAGUAUUAGGAUACUGUCAGUCUCUUUUGUCGAACUGUCUCGCUAAAUCCUGAAGUCAAAGUAGCUCGCGGACUUCUUCUCGGCGUAAUUGUGGGCUAAUUGGAUAAUGGCGUCGAAAUUCGGGUUGGCGGGUGGUAUUCCGGAGCGUCGGGUUCGUCCAGUAUGGGACGCCAUUGAUUCUCGCCAGUACAAGAAUGCCCUCAAGCACUGUACUACUCUACUCUCCAAAUAUCCCAAUUCUCCUUAUGCUCUCGCACUUAAGGCUCUCAUUCUGGAAAGGAUGGGUAAGGCAGAGGAAGCACUUUCAAUUUGUAUGAGCGCCAAAGACCUAUUAUACGCGAAUGAAUCCGUUCUGGUUGAUGAUCUUACACUGAGCACCUUGCAAAUUGUUUUCAAUCGUCUUGAUCACUUGGAAUUGGCUACCAGUUGCUAUGAACAUGCAUGUAGCAAAUUUCCCAACAAUUUAGAAUUGAUGAUGGGCCUUUUCAAUUGUUACGUUCGUGAGUACUCAUUUGUGAAGCAGCAACAGAUGGCUAUCAAAAUGUACAAGGUUGUUGGUGAAGAAAGGUUCUUGCUUUGGGCCGUUUGCAGCAUCCAGUUGCAGGUUUUUUGUGGCAAUGGGGGAGAGAAGCUACUAGCUUUGGCUGAAGGUUUGCUUAAAAAGCAUAUUGCGACGCACAGUUUGCAUGAACCGGAAGCGGCUAUUGUGUACAUUUCCUUACUGGAACAACAAUCCAAGUUUACCGAUGCAUUAGAAAUUCUUACUGGAAAGUUGGGGUCUCUAAUAAUGAUUGAAGUUGAUAAGCUACGUCUACAGGGACGGCUUCUUGCUAGGGCAGGAAAUUAUGCUGCUGCAGCUGAUAUUUUUCAGAAGGUGUUAGAACUAUGCCCUGAUGAUUGGGAAUAUUUCUUGCAUUAUCUUGGCUGUCUAUUAGAUGAUGGAAGUAGCUUGUGCCUGGAUACGGGAGGCAGCCAAAUCAGUCCUCUGAAGCUUGUGGACAAAUCGAAUUCACAGUUAUCGGAUGAAGUGCUUGAAUCCCGUGUCUCCGGUGCCUCAAAUUUUGUACAAAAGUUACUCUCUGAAGUAAAUAAUUCUUCCAUAAGAGGGCCAUGCUUGGCAAGUCUUGAAAUUGAGAGAAGGAAACUUUUGUAUGGAAAGGGGGAUCCCGACAAGUUAGUUCAAGGGCUAUUGGAGUAUUUCUCUAGGUUUGGUCAUUUGGCUUGUUGUACCGCGGAUGUUGAAUCUUUUCUGCCGGUUUUGGAUCAGCAUAUCAAAAGUGAGUUCUUGGAGAAGUUGAAAGGAUGUAAACCUUUGAGUAGCUCACCAACGAAGAUUCUGGGUCAAGCCAUUACAACGUUUAAAAUUGAAAACUUAAUUGGGAACAAGUUCUCGCUCCCUUUGCCUGAACUUGAGAGUGAAGCCAUACAAAUGGUUGAUAUGUUCUGUAAAAGUCUCCCGCUGUCUAAAGAUUUAGAUAUUCAAGAGAAUAUGCACGGCGAAGAGCUUCUACCUUUGGCUUGCAAUCUGUUGGUGCAGCUUUUCUGGAGGACGAGGAAUAUUGGAUAUCUGCUGGAGUCUAUAAUGAUUCUUGAGUUUGGCUUGACAAUUAGAAGACACGUUUCGCAGUAUAAGAUUUUGCUGGUUCACCUUUAUUCUUAUUGGGGUGCUCUUUCUGUUGCAUAUGACUGGUAUAAAUCUUUGGAUGUGAAAAAUAUUUUGCUGGAAACUGUAUCACAUCACAUCUUACCCCAAAUGUUGGCAUCUCCGCUUUGGCCAGAUUUGAAUAAUCUUCUGACCGACUACUUAAAAUUUAUGGACGAUCACCUUAGGGAAUCUGCAGAUCUCACAUUUUUGGCUUAUCGCCAUCGAAAUUAUUCCAAGGUGAUUGAAUUCGUUCAAUUUAAAGAACGUUUACAGCGAUCAAACCAAUAUCUGCUUGCAAAAAUAGAAGCACCAAUCUUACAGUUGAAGGAGAAUGCUGAUAGCAUCCAAGAAGAGGAGCGUAUCCUGGAGAGCUUGAAAGGCGGAGAACAUUUUGCAGUUCUCUCCAAUGAGAUUGGAAGUAAAUCUCUAACCUUCAAUGAAGAUUUGCAGCUACGACCUUGGUGGACACCUACCAUUGAUAAAAAUUAUCUAUUAGGGCCAUUUGAAGGAGUAUCCUAUUACCCCAAGGAGAAUCUGAUUAAGAAAACGGAAGCAAAUGUGUUGAGAAACAUUGAGAAGAGAUCUCUUCUUCCACGGAUGAUUUACCUGUCUCUCCAUUGUGCAUCAUUAUCUGUGAAGGAACAUACUGAAGCCAAUGGUUCGAUACUUGACCCGAAAUUGUCAUCAGAGCUAAAAUAUCUGCUUGAGCGCUAUGCCAGUAUCUUAGGGUUUGCCUUCCAGGAUGCAAUAGAACUGGUUUUGGGGGUUUCAAGCGGACAUCAUUCUCUUGAGGUUCUGAGCUCUGAUAUGGUUGACUGGAUGAAUUUUGUUGUGUUUUUAAAUGCCUGGAGUCUGAACUCUAAUGGGAUAGAGGGUCCAAAUAAAGAUUAUAAAGGGUCUAUCAAUUGGCAUGUCGUGAAUUCAUUGCUGAAGAACUGUAUUCUCCAUAAAGUGACAGCCACGGGAGCACUUGUCUCUUCUCCUGGCGGUGACCUUCCGUUGCUGGUGCAGUUGGUAUCUGAACCCUUGGCUUGGCAUAGUUUAAUAAUUCAGUCUUGUGUCCGCUCAUUUCCCCCUACUGGAAAGAAGAAGAAGAAAGGUGGAGUGUCAGAACAGAUAAACAAUCAUAAAUCUCAUGAUUUAUCAGAUUCCAUCCAGAAUUUAUGUGAUAUAUUAAAGGAGGUCAUACAGUGGAUAAGUCAGCAAAUCAGUAAGCCUGAUGAUUCAAAAUUUGGAACCGUGUUUUCCACACUCCAGGUUAAUUGCAAAAGCGAAGGCUUAGACAAUGUUAUCUCAUCAAUGAGUGUUAUGGAUUUGGGUGAUCAGGGUAAAGCUGGAAGUGAAGGGCCCGGAAAACUUAUCCAUAUCUUGGACAAUGUGAUUUCAUCAAUGAAUGAUAUAGAUUUGGGUGAUCGAAUCUCUAAAGCAUUGCAGUCUUGGAGUGCAGCCGAUAUAGUGAGGAAGGUUAUCGGGGGGCAAAGAACUUCACUGUCUGAGUUGCUAAAGAUUUGUGAAUCAAAAGUAAAAUCUCUGCAGGCAUUGAAGGUGCAUUUGUAGAGAUUGUUGAUAUUGGAUCAUAUUUUUUUUCAUGUCUUGUUUGGGAAGAUUUGUUAUUGCUGUUGGAUGAGUUUACACCACGGAAAUUUUGUAACUUUUCUAUAAGUUUUCUUUUGCAUUUAGGGUUUUUGUUUUGUUUUUUAUACCCAAUGUACACACGUAUACCAAUGUUAUUCAUUUGUGAGCUUUAACAGGUCUUGUAACGAUGAAUCUUGGCAUAAAUUUUCGAGUGCAUUAAUUGAUUUCCAUUUUUGUUUUCUUAUCUUCAGAAAGCGUUUUUCUCA